AUGUAUAUUCCAGCACCUCGUUAUGGAACCCGCGGAGGUUUUUCCGAACCGUUACGACUUAAGAGCCUUCAUGAUGAGUGUACUAUUAUUUUAAAGGUAUUAGCGGCCGUUGCGGCUAUCGGCUCGGCAAGACCCGAGGCGGGAUACAGUUACAAUGCGCCUGGAGGAGGAGGUGGCCUAGGUGGUCACGGGGGUAGCAUCGGCGGAGGAUUCGGCGGUGGCCAUGGGGGAGGCUUCGGAGGUGGAUUCUCCUCCGGUGGACUCAGCUCUAGCAGCUUCGGUAUCGGAGGUGGAGUCGGAGGUGGAAUCGGUGGAGGAUUCUCCUCAGGAGGUUUCUCAUCGGGUGGAUUCUCAUCCGGAGGUGGUGGUGGAUUCUCAUCCGGAGGUGGCGGCGGAUUCGGCGGCAGCUUCGGUGGCGCCCCAAUUGUGCAGAAACACAUCUACGUCCAUGUCCCACCACCAGAACCCGAAGAACAGCGCCCACAAAUCAUCUCUGGUGGCGCCAUCCCCCAGAAACACUACAAGAUCAUCUUCAUUAAGGCCCCAGCACCUCCCGCCCCAAUCGCGCCCAUCAUCCCCGCCCAGGCUCAGAACGAAGAGAAGACCCUCGUCUACGUGUUGGUCAAGAAACCCGACGAACAGCCCGACAUCACCAUCCCAACUGCUGCCCCCACCCAGCCCUCAAAACCAGAAGUUUACUUCAUCAAAUACAAGACCCAGAAGGAGGGUGGUUCCAUCGGUGGUGGUGCUAUUGGCGGUGGUAUCGGAUCUGGAAUUGGCGGUGGAAUUGGCAGUGGUAUCGGCGGUGGUAUUUCUGGUGGUAGCAUCGGAGGUGGUCUGUCCCUUGGCGGCGGCAGCAUCGGUGGCGGUCACGGCGGCAGCAUCGGUGGUGGACACGGUGGCAGCAUCGGAGGUGGCAGCAUUGGCGGUGGCAUUAUCUCUGGUGGUCACGGCUCAUCAGGAGUCAGCACCUCAUACGGUCCCCCCGGCCAGUCCGGCCCAUACUAA